AUGUACUGGAAUAAUGAUACUGAUGUAAGAAACAAUGCAAUCAUAAACGCCAUGACAAGAGACAGCUUUGAUACGUUGAUCCAGUACAUUCAUCUUUUUGACAACGCCAACUUAGAUCAAGAUGACAAGUUUUCAAAAGUGCGACCACUACUUUCGCUACUAAAUGAACGCUUCUUGCUUUAUUUUCCGAAACAGCAGAAUCUAUCGAUAGACGAGAGUAUGAUUCCCUACUACGGACGGAAACGGCAUGGAGCUAAGCAGUUUAUAAGAGGAAAACAAAUUCGUUUCGGCUACAAGAUGUGGGCACUCACAACACCUCUUGGUUACUUGUUGCAAUUUAAACAAUACCAGAGAGCUAGAGGACUCCAAGCAGCUGACACAAAACGCCUUGGUAUGGGUGAGGCAGUCGUGAUGGACUUGCUUGUUUCAAAAAAGACAAUGCAUAUCAUUUGA